AGUGAGAAAGUAGACCAUCUGGAGGAGGCUUUUCAGGAUAUACAGAUUGAGAAUACCCAUGGGUCCAGUUAAGGCACUGGAGACAUUUGGGGAAAAUUACGGAAAACACAGACUUGAAGUGAAAUUUAGAUGCAUGAUUAAGUUGGCUUUUUUACACAACCUAUGUGUAUUUGGUAAAAUCUGUUAAUAACGAAUCAGCAAUUUUUAAAAUGCCUUUAAAUCAGGGGUCACCAACGUGGUGCCCGCGGGCACCAGGUAGCCCCCCACGACCACAUGAGGUGCCCGCAAGUCUGCUUUUCAUUCAGGUUUUCAGUUAAUAAUGAAAGAACAGUAGAAAGAAAUGCAUUCUGAAAUACAAAAUGUGAGUUGUGGACACCAGCAUUUUGUUAAUGUUCUGGUAAAACAAGCAUAUUCGCUUUGUUGGGGUUUAAAAUAAGCUCUGAAAAGAAAUGUUACAAAAAUGACUAGCUCUUGGCCAUUUUCAUUUUGUAAAAGUAGCUCUCACAAGGAAAAACCUUGGUGACCCCUGCUUUAAAUGAUUGUAGAGAGUGUGAUUAUAAUAAUAAAGUAUACAUAACUGAGAGUUCUGAAAAACUCAAGAUCUUUUUAGUUUUAACACCUGAAAAAUCCCAAACAUAAACUAUGCAAUGACACUUUUCAAAUGACUAAUUGAUUUAGUUCAUAUUUUUUGUCUGACCCAAACGCUUGUUACCGCAGGCAGUGGCUCCUGCCUGGACCACACAUUCCAUCAUUUAAGAUUUCAUUUAAAUCAAGACUUUUUUUUAUUUUUCUUGACUAGUUUUCUACAAACAGCCUCUAAUCCUGUAUGUUAGCCUCCAAGCUUGCCAAGCGUGGCUUUAACAAGCAGCGUACUGCUGAGUCACGUCCAAUGGAUGAAGCGUGUCUUUUGUGAGCCGCGUCGGACCGAACCAUUUCAACAUAACCAGGGGAGUUCACGUCUACUAAAUCCAUUAUCUUCACCGUUUAAAGGAUGAAGAUAUUCUCCCCCUUCAGAGAGCGACUUGGAGUUGACUAGAACAGAUGUCUUAAACCGCUCUACUCUCACAUUUGACCGGAGAAAGUCAAACUCCGGAGAGCUAUUGAUGUGGCAGCAAUGAGCGUGUAAAAGAAGAAGAAGAAGAAGAAGAAGAAGAAGAUUACUCACAAACUAUAUUUCCAAAUACGACAGUCAAGAUGACAAGCAUUGAGAGCAAAGAGGAGAUCAGUGACACUGACAGUGGGAUUAUCUUGCACUCUGGUCCAGACAGCCCCACAUCUCCCAUCAAGGACCUGACCACGCACACCAGAGCCCUCAAACUAAAGCACCAGUCUCUGGAGGAGCAUCUGGAGCUCUGCCUGCUGGAGCUCAGGAAGCUCUGCAUCAAAGAAGCUGAGUUGACUGGUAAACUGCCCUCAGACUAUCCUCUCAUGCCUGAUGAGAAGCCUCCCCAGGUCAGGAGGAGGAUUGGAGCUUCCUUCAAGCUGGAUGAAGGUCUAAUCUAUUUGGAGAAAGAGGAUUCCGAACUGCAGGGGCUGGAAACCGAGCUGGCUCUUCAGCGGCAGAUUUACGAGGCGGCACGGAAACUUUCCCUGGAGGAGAACCUCAGCAAGCCCCAGAAAAAGAGCCGGGCGCAGCAGUGCAAGAGGGAGGAGAAGAAAGUGAAGGAGCUGCAGGAGGCUGUGUUCCAGCACAGGAUCAAGAGCGAGUGCAACUCUCCAUCCAUCAGUGUCACAACCUGUAAAAAGAAUGCAGAUCUAAAUAUGUCUGAUGACAGCUCCCUGUCUGAUGUGGUGGCCCUGGAUGACGAUGUGGACUCCCUCGGCCCCAUCUCCCCUCCAGUGUUGAACUCAGACGUGCCUCAGAUGCCACCUCCUAAGAUUGCGGAGUAUGAGCCCUCUCCCAUCCAGAACUCUCCCUGGAAGGAGUCCAGCCUGGACCAGCCUUAUCAGAAGGAUGCAAAACCUCUGUCUGUUGGCAGCAGUGGGCCCAGUUGUCCGGCAGGAAAACGUGUCUCAGCAGACAUCAACAGAAUCCCUCUCUCCCAGUUUAUUAAGAACUCAGCCCUUCGUCACAAUCACUCCACCAGCGCCCCCUCUACCCCAGAUCUGCACGUGCGCCGACAGUACUCCCAAUCCUUCAGGCUUCCCAAAAGUAAGCCACCUGCUGACAAGGAGCGCCUCAGCUUGGAAAACCUCAAAGGCCACGCCCGUUUGCCCCAGCGGCGCUGUGCCGCUGACUUUAUCGUGCUGUCCCCAGAGUUCUCUCCCUUACGUCCAUACCAGUCCAGUUCUGAGGACAGCAGCUCCGAACAUUCGUCUUCAUCCUACAUGAGCUCACCAGGCAAGGAUGGACCCACGGAGAUCCCCAAGCUCUGCCCUCCACCGUAUGGCUUCCACUUUGGAGCGCCCAAGACAGGGCUGCCAGGUGACUCACAGAAGAACAACAAUCAGGUUCAGCCCAGUCCUGGUACCCCACUCUCCCCUCAGGACCUGGGGAAGCGCUUUGUGUCCUCAUCACCUGUGAUACGCAGCAGCCCUCAGCAAAGACAGAGGCAGGAGGGGACAUUAUCACCUGCAAGGAGAACACCCAAGCUCCCGCCUCCUUACACCACGGUGGGGCGAACGCCCUCGCUGAAGGAGUACCCUAACCAUGCCAUCCGUACCAUGCCCAGGGAGGUUGUGUCGGAAGAGCUGAAGUCCUGGCACCAGCGCAGUCAGAACCCCAACUUUGUGGAGCAGCAGAGCCUCCUGAGUGUCAAGAGCCCCACCUCACCACACAUGCCUCCAUUUAAUCAGGGUUCUGGUAAUCUGGUUCUCCAGAGAGCUGCAGAUGGGACCCCGGUCCAGUGGUUUGUUGCAGAGGAUGCAGAAAUUGUGAGCCAGGUGUAGCUGUGACUCACCUCCUCCUCAAUAGUGUGCUUAUUAGGAUCCAUGCGACCGCUUUCUAUGUUUUCUAUAUUUAAGGCUGUAUUUAUUGAAGUCCUGGGACUCUCUAUGAGAAUGACACGUUGAUGCAGAAAAUGCAGACCUAGUGGUGCACUGUUGAGCAUACCGCUCCCUUUUUAUUGUAUAAUUUAAACGUUAACGUAAGGUGACAUGCCGAUAUUAUUUAUUUGAAAUGCUUUUCUAAUAGAUCCUUCUCAAAAAUGUGAGGUGAAUUGAUGCAAUUAGAAGAAUGGGUCACAUUAUUUGAAGGAGGACUCCUCUGUGGCCGGCACACAUUUUGCACAAAACGUUCACCCACAGUUGCUUCUCCAUUCCUAAUAUAAUUUUUAUAUUUAUCCUCUAUUUAAAGUUUGUUGCUCUUAACAUGAAGACUACUAAAGGUUUUGCUUUUGUUUUAAAUAGUUACAAUUUAACAAGUUGAAUUUAUGAAGGAAUAAUGUAUUAUUCUUCCCUGAAGCCUUUUAAGAGUGAUUUGAUGACUGUUUUCACUGUGUAAUGUUACUAACCAGGUGAUUGUAUUGUUUUGUAUAUUUAUAUUAA